GUUUGCUGUUCUAGAAAGUACAGAGACACGUAGUUGAAGUGGGAGGGUCUAGCCGAGGCCGUCUCCCUGUGGUGUAUAUUUAUCUGUAAGUGAGCUGCUGGGGAAGGUAUUAAAUAGAGACGCUGCCUGCUACCUCUGGACAGCUGAGCCGAGUCGCUGAUUGCUUUAACUUGUAAGAUACCCAGCUUGCUUUAUUUCCUCAGAAUCAUUGUGUUGCUAAGCCCGGGGACGCUGUUUUCUUUUACAAAGGGAAAUCUAAGUUCAUUUCAAGGCAUUCGAAAUGGGGAAAGACUAUUAUCACAUUUUGGGAAUUGAAAAAGGAGCUACAGAUGAAGAUAUUAAAAAGGCUUACCGAAAACAAGCCCUCAAAUUUCAUCCGGACAAGAACAAAUCUCCUCAAGCAGAGGAAAAAUUUAAAGAGGUCGCAGAAGCUUAUGAAGUACUGAGUGAUCCUAAAAAGAGAGAAAUAUAUGAUCAGUUUGGCGAAGAAGGCUUGAAGGGAGGAGCCGGAGGCACUGAUGGACAAGGAGGUACCUUCAGGUACACGUUCCACGGAGACCCUCAUGCCACGUUUGCAGCCUUUUUUGGAGGUUCCAAUCCCUUUGAAAUUUUCUUUGGAAGACGGAUGGGUGGAGGUCGAGAUUCUGAAGAAAUGGAAAUAGAUGGAGACCCCUUCAGUGCCUUUGGAUUCAGCAUGAAUGGCUAUCCGAGAGACAGGAAUUCUGUGGGACCCUCCCGUCUCAAACAAGACCCUCCCAUCAUUCAUGAACUUAAAGUAUCACUUGAAGAAAUAUAUAGUGGCUGCACCAAGCGGAUGAAGAUUUCUCGAAAAAGAUUAAACCCUGAUGGAAGGAGUUACAGAUCUGAGGACAAAAUUCUCACCAUUGAGAUCAAAAAAGGGUGGAAAGAAGGCACCAAAAUUACUUUCCCGAGGGAAGGCGAUGAAACACCAAAUAGUAUCCCAGCAGACAUUGUUUUUAUUAUUAAAGACAAAGAACAUCCCAAAUUUAAAAGAGACGGAUCAAAUAUAGUUUAUACUGCUAAAAUUAGUUUACGGGAGGCAUUGUGUGGCUGCUCAAUUAAUGUGCCAACAAUGGAUGGAAGAAACAUACCUAUGUCAGUCACUGACAUUGUGAAACCUGGGAUGAGGAGAAGAAUUAUUGGAUAUGGGCUGCCAUUUCCAAAAAACCCUGACCAACGUGGCGACCUACUAAUAGAAUUUGACGUAUCCUUCCCAGACGCCAUAUCUGCAGCGUCCAAAGAGAUCCUUAGGAAGCACCUCCCUGCCUCAUAGGAUGAGAAGAACCUUGCUAUCCAUAUUUUGAUAAGACACUGAAAAUAUAAAAGUACUGGCAGUUGACUGAUGUGAAUUCUGUAUAAAGAUGUGUAAACUCUUCUGAGGGCUCAUUAAAUUGCAUGAAUAGAGACGGUUCAAAUAGGCAAAGUGGAUUUUUACAGUAGAGAUGAAAAGUCAUUCACUGUGUUGUAUUUCAUUUCUCCCAAAUCAGAAAUUUUUAGUAUUUCAUUUGUAAGUAAAAGUUGGGUUAUGGUCUAUAGAUAUACUUCUAGUAAAGUAUUAGAUCAUCCAAGUACUUCUGUGUGUGUGUGUGUGUGUGUGUGUGUGUGUGUGUGUGUGUGUGUCUUUAAAUGAUCAGUGUGAUAGGCUCCCUUAAUAGAAAUUAAAAUUCUUAACUGUAUAUGUAAUAUGUAGGAGACUAAAAGCCAAAGUCAUACAGAAAUGCAGUCUAGGUCACAUUCAGAACUGCUGGGUUGGGCUGGUACCAGAAUGUAUCCAUGCACACGCUUUCCCAUUGUGACUUGCCAAGUAUGCUGUAGCAUUUCUUAAGAGCAUGAUUGUAAUGUUCUUAAAGCAGACCUCUUCAUAAAAAGAAAAUGAAUGACAUUUUAUCUCCUGUGGAAAUCCCAAUAGUCUUGAGUUACUGAUAUUUUAGAAACAUCAUUUAAAAAUGGCCACAUGUGAUUUUAUGCAAGUUGACUAUAUAUCUUGAACUUAAUAAGCUCAUUUUGUGGUUCAUUAGUUUAAGAUAUUUGUUUACUAACACUUGUUUUUAGAGAAAAUACUGUUACUUGGCAUUGAUUUUCCAUUUACAGUGUUCUAUAUGUUCCUCAUGCUAUGUACCUUAUAUAAUGUCCCUAAAGAACAGUGAUCUACCACUGUGGUGUUAAACCAAAACCUGGACAUGAUGGACACCACCGUUGCUUUUGGGUAAUGUUGCUAUUAGCUGUCAUCAUAUAAAUAUCUUUUUCAUGUGUAUAGAUUGCAUUUCUUAGGUGUUUUAAUUUUUUAAAUAUAUUUACAUUUAAAAAAUUA